AUGGCGGCCUACCUGACGCACCAGCAGAAGGUGCUGCGGCUCUACAAGAAGUCCCUGCGGCACCUGGAGUCCUGGUGCAUCCACCGAGACAAGUACCGCUACCUUGCCUGCCUCCUAAGAGAACGAUUUGAUAAGAACAAAGAUGUGAAGGAUAUGGUGAAAGCUACGGAGCUGCUGAGGGCGGGCCAGGAGGAGUUCUGGGCAAACCAGCAUCCUCAGCCAUACAUCUUCCCUGAUUCCCCUGGGGGCACUUCCUAUGAGAGAUACGAGUGCUACAAGAUUCCUGAAUGGUGCUUGGAUUUCUGGCAUCCUUCUGAGAAGGCAAUGUAUCCUGAUUACUUUGCCAAACGAGAACAAUGGAAAAAGCUGCAGCGGGAGAGCUGGGAUAAAGAGGUUAAGCAGUUAGAAGAAGAAACUCCAGCUGGUGGUCCGACAACUGAAGCUUUGCCUCCAGCUCGUAAGGAGGGGCAUCUGCCACCACUCUGGUGGCACUACGUAACAAGACCUCGCGAAAUUCCCAUGUAA